AUUUUAUCAACUUUUUGACAUGAUGUCUGUUUCAAGUUGUGUAGAAGUGUUUGUGUGUUGAUAAAAAAACCAAAGCUCUUGUUUAUUUAUAAGUGGAAUAGACAUCUACUGCCAUAAUGAGUUCUCAAACAUAUCACAGGAAGGAGAUGGAGGAACGGAUCCGGAAGUUUGACAGUGCAUGCGUUGCUGCGGUGCACCAUAUCGGACAUUUACAAGAACAGGCAAGGAGUUUCCUAGCCCAGCUGUCAUGUGAUCCUAGAGAGUUUAAGCACCGCUUUCUUCAAUGCAGUAAACAGUUAGAUGAAUUCAUGUAUGCCAUUACUGAUUUCAACUUGGCAGCGAGCAGUCUAGGACCUACUACCAGUAUUACGACAGAUACUUAUAUACCACCACACAUACAGAAGCAAGCUCAUGAAACACUGUCUAACUCUAACACACCGUCUCCCUCUAACAUUCAGAGGUUACCAGCAAACGAUAGAAAACCAUACAAAAGGGAAAAUCGAAUGAGUCAUACUAAGACAGAGAAUUGGAGAGAUCGUGAUAUAAAUUCUAAUGGAAGAGAUUUUAUUAAAGCGAAUGGAAAUGUAACUGUGGAGAGAAAUGAAAAUUUGACUGAUACAGGUUGUCAACCAGUGGGCCUGCCUCCGCAACCGAAGUUGGACCCUGCGACGAAAGAAGCCACCAUUAUAAGUGCAGAUGGUGCCCAGUUAUGGAUCGUAGCCGACGAUACUUCCUUCAUCAAUAUUAUGGAAGGAAUGUUGAAUUAUUACCAAAAUCAAGAAAUAGCAAAAGAUUUUAUUCCCAAAACAGUAUGCGCUUACUAUGACGAAACCGAAACUGAGCACUUCUUUCGAGCCCUCUACAUAGUUUCAGAGGAUGGUGAUCCAGAAGUGUUUCUUGUGGACACGGGGGAAUUCCGACCGGCUGUCCAAAGUCGCCUGUUCCCUCUCGCCCCGCAGUUCGCAAUCACCCCGCCCUUGGCACAUCUCUGCUAUUUAGCCGACGUAGAGCAGACGGACGAUAAAAAAAUAGAAAACAGACGAACAGAAUUUCUGGAGCAAUACUUGGGGAAACGAUACCAAGUUAAACUCGCAGAAGAGUUCAAUGAUGAUGGUUCCUUGCGAGUUUACGUAUUUUUAGAAGAUGGAAAUACUAUCAAUCAAUUAAUUCAAGCAAUGGAUUCAAAUGAUCCAGAGCUAAAUAAUAAUUCUAAGAACAGUAUUGACAACGAAAGCAUUCAUUCGACUAAAAUAAAUAGAACAAAAGUCCUUACUCAGGAUGAUAUAAUAAAUAAUGAGAAUCAACCUGUAAAUAUAAUUAAAUCAGAUGUAAAUAUUAGUAAAGAUGAAACUCAUGAAGAAAACAAAAUAUUUGAUGAUAUUAAUAUACUUGAUGAGGAAAUUGAUAAAGACACAAAAACUAAAGAAAAUACAAUAAGGAAAGAUGAAAAUAAUGAUAUUAGACUAAAUGAAAUGGAUCUUAGAUCUGAUGAAGAAAUGGCCAAAGAAUUGGAAGCGUUAGAAAAUAUGGAUUUAGAUGAAAUGAGAUUUAACGAACAUGAGAAUGCCGUUGAAGCUGUCACGGGUUAUAGCAACAGAGAUGAGAUGGACAUUUGCAAGCAUUACAAAGGGGGCGAUGGUUGCUAUAAGGGCAAAUUAUGUAACAAACGACACGUCAAAAUACAUCCAGAUGGCUGGACGCUAGACCGCGUGUCCGUACACGUCAAAUGUCCAUCCCCACCGCUCCCCCCACCUGGGUCAUGGCACAAGGUCAAGGUCACACACGUAGAUGAGACCUGCAAGUUGUACGUGCACUUUGAUAGCCAAGAUGAGACCAUGUCUCUAUCCGCCCUUGUGGAUGAGAUGUCCAUCGCAGCUUCGAACUCCGGCCCUUUGAAGUUGGACCCGGCGCCUGGCGAGUUGGUAUCGGCUCCAUUUUUUGGCAACUACUACAGAGCGCGAGUUAUAGCGGUGCAUGACAAAAUAGAGGUUUUCUUCAUAGACUACGGCAACACGGCCGUCGUAUCUCGCCCCGAGCUGCGUCCAUUCUCGCCUAGCUGGCUCUCGCUGCCAGUGAGGGCCGUGCCUUGCCGGCUGGCGGGGGUGCCUGCGACCAACGUGCAUGAAAUACUUGCGGAGUUGGCAGUGGAUAGGACUAUGCAGGCUCAGAUCAUCGCCCGAAGUCUCGACGAGCUAACAGUUAAACUGCUUGACGCGACCGGUUUUGACGUGGCCGAGCAACUGGCCGUGUUGGCCGACGUUACCCUGCAGCCCUACGAAAUAGAACACGAUGAACAGUGUCGGGUCCUACCAGCAUAAACUAGAGAGGUUAGCGCACCACAAUUGAACCUAUAACCCACAGUCGAAAUCUACAACACCCGCGAGGUUUA